AUGCAAAAUCAAUAUUGUCGAACAAUUGGUAGAACAAAAACAAUUAUUAAAGAGGGUGAUUAUUUAUGUACUGGUUGUUUUAAUGUUGAAAAUAUUAACAUGAAUAAAAAAUAUGGUACAUUAAUCGAAUCGCAAGUUGAUUUUGAUGAAAUUAUUGAUGAAGUUAAUGAUAAUAAUUUUUCAUAUUCAAUGAAUUCGGAAGAAGAACCAUCAUAUGAGGAAGACGGGCUAGCAUUCUGUUCUUCACCAUCAAAGUCAACCAUAGAAUAUUCUUAUUCUGAAAUGGAACCAAUUAAUAUAUUGAAUGCAGUCUUUGAUCUACUAAAAAUAGAACGGAUUACUGAUACGUAUGCAUUUUAA